CCGAAUGCGAAGGGUGAAAAUCCAAAACCCACACAAUUGCAACCAUCUUCACUACCCGGUUACUACCAGGAAAUACUUCACCAUCGUUGUCAUUGGAAGCUUGGUGUGAUUAGAACCCAUCGGAAACCAUUGGCGGUAGGAAAUUUUCUUUAGCCCCAUGACCAAGCGAAUCAAGGCGACGAGCGUCGUCGUUCUCUAUUGCCUGCUCUGGGGAGGCCACCGGGUCGACGGUUUUGCUCUAUCGAACCACAAUCCAUCGACGUCGUCCCCACUUCAAACAUGGGCCGCACAGAGAAGCAAAUGCGCUCGUUCCAGCCUUCUGUCUCUCUUGGCGGAACCCAGAAACAAGGUCCAGGACGACAAUAACAACAACGACGGCCUCCCGCUGCCAGAAAAGUCUUCGCUCUCCAACCCAAAACAGACCACCACCAACGUCCUAGUGGUGGGGGGUUCGGGCCGGGUCGGCGGAUCGACGGUCCGAUGGCUCAAGGAAUUCUCGUCGCGGGACCCCUCCAUGGACCUGCGGAUCAAGGUCGGUGGGAGAUCCCGCCGGUCCUUCGAGAAGGCCAAGCAAACCGGGGUGAUCCCCCCAGCCGAUCCGGACUGCGUCAACGGAAACUGUUCCAACCAGGAGAUCGGCUUUGUCCACCUGGACUGGGCCGGGUGGACAGACCAGGUCAUCGAGGAAGCCAUUCUUGGCUGCAACUGCGGCCUGGUGGUUCACACGGCGGGGCCCUUCCAGGGCCGGACCGAUCCGACCCUCCUGCGGUGCUGCGCAAAACACGGGAUUCCCUACGUGGACGUCUGCGACGAGUUUGAGCUGGCGCAGACCGCCAAGGAGGGCUCCGGGGAGGCGGCCACCACCAACGGCGUGGCGGCGGUGGUGGCCUCCGGGAUCUGGCCGGGGGUCUCGGCGCUGAUGGCCGCCGAGGCCGUCGGGAAACUCCGGGACGACGGGAAGGAGCCCGGAUCGAUCGACUUUUCCUUCUUCACGGCCGGAACGGGGAACGCCGGGCCCACCAUUGUCUCGGCGACCUUUCUGCUGCUGGCCACGCCCGUCAUCGCCUUUCGAAACGGGGCCAAGACGCUGCUGGAGCCGUGGACGGAGCCCAGGGAAACCGAUUUCGGGCCCGCCGUCGGCAAGAAGCCCAACUGGCUGCUCGACAACCCGGACGUUCCCACCACGGCCCUCUCCCUGGGGGUCCCGAACGUUGCAAGCCGGUUCGGAACGGACCCACUGCCCUGGAACUACCUCUUUGGGGCCAUGAAGGCCAUCCCCCGGAGCGUCCUGUACAACCGGGACCUGAUGCAGGGAUUCGCCCUCUUCUCGGAGCCCAUAAUACGCUUCGUCGACAAGCUGGUGGGGGCGACCAACGCUAUGCGGGUGGACGUGGUCUCCGAGGACGGGAGCGAAACGGUGACGGCGCAGAUCGUUCACGACGACCUGGAGGUCUGCGUGGGGCUGGCCACGGCGGCCUUUGCCCUGGAGGUUCUGAAAACCGGCACGGAAAGCGAGACCAUUCCACCGGGGGUGUGGUACCCUGCCGAGCUCCCCAAGGAGGCCCGGGCCAACAUACUGGAAGCGGCAAAAGAGCAGAGCAUUACAUUCUCCGUAUAGAUCGAUCGCAUCGAGACAAAGAAGACGAGGGAUUCGUUGGUUGACGACCGAAGCAAAGCAACGCGAAUUGAAUCAAAUCAAAUCGCAGUAAACACCGUUAAUGGAGAAUCGAUUGCUGCUAAGAUUGACGGAAUGUUGGAAAAAUCUUUUGGCUGCUUAAUAGAGAACAACUUAAUGACACAACUGACAAUUGUUGCUUUGUGCCGUAUACUGUGUGUUUCCGCUUUCGAUGAAUAAAAAAUGACCUGCCAUAUCGUCCGUGCCUCCAGAGGUUGUUUCCUGCCCCCCAAAACUGUGUUUGACCACACCGACGAUUGACACAGCAAUGGUCCCUCAAACCGCAGGAGAGACCGAAACACUGAAUAAGAUAAGGCGCAAUAA